CCCCCUCCCCCCACAACCAUUUUUUUUACUCUGUACUCAAAAGGGCUUUUGCAGAUCACUUGUACCGGGGUUUUAUUCUUUAUGAAGUUUUCUUUUUUUGUUUCUGAAUUCAACAUCUAUUCUUGACUUUGAGGAUUAUUUAUGAAAUUGGGGAAUGGAGUAUGUGGGCAGAGCGGUGAAGAAGGAGUUCCAAGGGCGGGGGACGUGCUUGGGUUCGGUUCAAGCGUACGAACCGACAACUGGAUUGUUUAAGAUCGUCUAUGAAGACGGAGGUUCCGAGGAGUUGGAGCUGUCGGGACUCUCCGCCCUUUUGGUGUUCUCCGAGCCUCCACCGCGGCAGCUUUCGGAGGUGGCUGGUAGCGAACUGGGAGGCCAGCCGAAGAAGCGGCGCCGCAUUGUUGAUAUAGGUAAAAAUGAUGAUAAUUCUGUAAUUGGGAGUGUUAGUGGUGAUAAUUCGGUAGGGAGAGAUGGGGAUUCUGGGGAAUUUGACUUGAAUUUGAAUGAAAGCGCUGAUUUGAAUGAUGAUGCGUUUAAUUAUUUGAAUGGUGAUGAUCAAGGGGUUAAUGCUGUUGGCGGUGGGGCUAAGUUGCGAGACCUGGAUUUAAAUGAAGGGGUCAAUUUGGAAUUAGAUGAGGGGGUAUUUUUGACUGGAGGAGUUAUUGAAGGGAGUUCUGGAGCAAAGAAGGAAGUAAUCGACUUGAAUUUGGAUUUAAAUGAGAAUUUCGAUAAUUUGAGUGAAGAGAGAGAAGGAAGAUUUUUUGAUUUGAAUUUACAGGUAAUGGAGGAUGAGGUGAGGGGUAUAGAUGGUCGGGAGUGGCAGUCCGGAGCGAAUGAAAGGAUUUGUGAUGAAGGACAUAUACAGAUGAUGGAAGAGUUGGCGGAGGAUGUUAAUAAGGCAAUUCUAGUGAAUGUGGAUGGAGACAGCGGAAAUCUUACAGUAAAUAUGGACAAAAAUGAAGAUAGCCCAUUGAGGAACUGCACUACUGGGGUUGAUAAUGAAAAUGUUGCCCCAGUAAAUGCACAAAAGAAAAGACGUGGUAGAAAGAAAAAAGAUGCUUCAAGUAACAAUAUUGUGUUGGGCACACCAGAGUCGCUAAAAGUGGACUCUGAAACUGCAAAUACAAAAUUGGAGUUGGAAAGUAGAGAUUAUGAUAAUGUAAUUUCAGAUCCUGUAUUGAGAGGGAGAAGGGGUAGGAAGAGAAGAGAGUCAUUGGAUGGUGAUAUGACCUUGCCGACCCCAGAAACAGGAUUGAGAAGGAGCAGUCGUAGAGCAAAAAGAGAUGCAUUUUCUAGUCCAGAUCAAGGUCUUAAUGCAGCAGCAUCCAAUGGUGUGAACCAUCAGUUGUUGUCUCCAGCGAUUAGCGUUGUGUCCAACGAAAAGAUAAUGGUGGCAGCACACGGAAACUCUAUUAAUCCUGUUAUGCUUCCACCAAAGGUGGAGUUGCCGCCUUCAUCUUGUAACUUGUAUCUCAGUGGAGUUUCGGUGUUUGAUUUUGUUUCUGUUUAUGCAUUUUUGAGGUCGUUUAGUACUUUGUUGUUUUUAAGCCCCUUCGAGCUGGAUGAUUUCGUGGCAUCUGUUAAAUGUAAUGAUUCGACAUUAUUAUUUGAUUCCAUUCAUGUUUCCCUCCUAAGAACAUUAAGGAAGCAUUUGGAGUCUCUUUCUGAUGAGGGUUCCGUGUCUGCAUCUGAUUGUCUCAGGUCUCUUAACUGGGAUUUUCUUGACUUGAUUACAUGGCCAUUGUUCGUGGUUGAGUAUCUGUUAUUGCAUAGUCCUGGAUACAUUCCUGGUUUAGAUAUUUGUCAAUUGAAGCAUUUUCAGAAUGACUACUACAAACUGCCAGUUUCAGCAAAGGUUGAGGUAUUGCGGCAUCUCUGUGAUGAUGUAAUUGAAGUGGAAGCCUUCAGGUCAGAGUUAAACCGAAGGACAUUGGCAACAGAUCGACACACAGAAUUCCAGCGUAACUCGAAAUUUGACAGCUCUAGAAAAAGAAAGGCUGCUAUAGAUGUUGCUAGCACUUCCUGCCUUACAGAAGAGGAUGCUGAGGAACCUGCAGACUGGAACAGUGAUGAAUGCUGUCUCUGUAAGAUGGAUGGGAACUUAAUUUGCUGUGACGGUUGCCCCGCAGCAUUCCAUUCCAGGUGUGUAGGGGUUCUCAGCAACCUGUUGCCAGAGGGGGAUUGGUAUUGCCCUGAAUGUGCUAUUGAGAAGGAUAAGCCUUGGAUGAAAGUUGGGAAGUCAAUUCGAGGUGCGGAGCUGUUGGGGGUUGAUCCUUAUGGGCGACUAUAUUAUAGCAGCUGUGGUUACCUGUUGGUAUUAGAGUCAUGCAAUGACGAAUACUCAUUCUGGUCCUACAAUAGAAAUGACUUGCUUACCCUUAUUGAAACUCUGGAGUCGUCACGAUUUAUCUAUGACACAAUAAUAAAUGUUAUUUGUAAGCAUUGGAAUGUAGUACGUGGAGUUGGUGGGACCAGAACUGAUUUGGAUGCCCGUUCUUAUUCUAUACAAUCAGCUUUUCUUGGAAAAAGGCAACUGCCCAAUGUGCAUCCCACACCAUCAGAAACUCUUAACGAGAAUGAGGCUUUUGCUGAAAAAGUAUCUCAUGAAAAGUCCAUGGUGACUACUUAUUCCAGUAAUACAGAACUUGAAAAUGCAGAGCACGCUAACCCACAGCUGGAGACUGGCAACGAUGGAGUGAAGAUGGAAAAUCAUUUGGCAAGUUCUGAAGGAUCAGCUGAAGUCUCUCAGACAUUCCUAAAGACUGAUACCUUAAAGGAAAGUGUGCCAGAUCUUUCAAGCAGAUGCCCAGAGAUUCAAGAUGAUUGUCAUAUUCCAGGGAAGCUUGUGAAAACUGGAGAUCAUUAUAUGACAUUGACUACUGAAAAUGUUGAAAAAGGGAGCAAUCUUGGUUUGGAAAAUUAUAGCUCUGGACUGUGCACCUCAAAAUCUGGAGGAGUGUUGUCUCAAGUGUAUCCUGGGACAAAUUAUGUUAACUGGUAUGAAUUUGCUCGAACAGCAUCAUUAUUUUUUGAAGAAGUGACCUGUAAAUCAUCAGAUAAGACCUCUGAAGAUGCCCCAAGAUCUGUUGAAGAAAUUGUAGCAGGACAGCUGAAGGUUAUCUCAAAUAGGUUUGCUGAAUUUUCUUGGUCAAAUGUUAACAAUUCAAGUAUGAAGUCUAGGAAAGAAAGAUGUGGCUGGUGCAUCUACUGCAGAGUUCCUGAAGAUGGAAGGGACUGCUUAUUCAUUAUGAAUGAUAGUAUUCCAGCUGUAGAAAAUUAUACAUGUGAGGUUCUAGGAAUUCAGCCAGGAAAUAAUAGGAAGAACCAUCUUAUUGAUGUCAUGUGCCAUGUUAUAUGCAUUGAAGAUCAUCUGCAGGGUCUUCUGCAGGGCCCAUGGUUAAAUCCAGAUUAUUCCAUGCUUUGGCGUAAAAGUGUUCUUGGAGUGGCCGACAUUGCCUCAUUGAAAAAUUUGCUGCUCGAGCUAGAGUCAAAUUUGCAUCAUCUAGCCCUGUCUGCUGACUGGCGAAAGCAUGUGGAUUCUGUUGCUACAAUGGGGUCUGCUUCUCAUAUUGUCAGCAGUUCUGCACGAGCGUCUUCAAGACAUGGAAUUGCCAAGAAAAGAACCAAAUCUUCCGAGGUGGUGACUACCCCAUCUUCAAAUGCUGCUACUGGGCUGAGUUUAUUCUGGUGGAGGGGUGGAAGGGGUUCGCGUAUGCUCUUCAAUUGGAAGGUUCUGCCUCGCUCUUUGGCUUCUAAAGCUGCCCGACAAGGUGGACGUAAGAAGAUACCAGGCAUACUUUACCCUGACAGUGGAGAAUAUGCCAAGCGAACUAAGUAUGCUUCUUGGAGAGCUGCGGUUGAGACAUCGAGAAGCGUCGAGCAGCUAGCUCUCCAGGUUAGGGAGCUUGACGCCAAUAUUAGAUGGGUUGAUAUUGGGAAUACCAAUCUUCUUUCAAAGAUGGAUAAGGACCCAAAAAAAUCAAUCCGCUCAUUUAAAAAGGUUAUUAUCCGUAGGAAGUGCUCUGAGGGAGCAGUGGUGAGGUAUCUUCUGGAUUUUGGCAAAAGAAGGUUUAUCCCUGAUGUUGUUGUGAGACAUGGAUCCAUGCUCGACGAUUCCUCAAGCGAGAGGAAGAAAUAUUGGCUGGAAGAGUCUCAUGUUCCAUUACAUCUCUUGAAAUCUUUUGAAGAGAAAAGAAUUGCUCGUAAAUCCAAUAAGAUGGAGCCUGGAAAAGGUCAUGACAGCAGUGGAGUAGCUGGGAUGCCUUCCAAGAAAAAAGGAUUUGAAUAUCUUUUUGCAAGAGCGGAAAGGUUGGAGAAGAAUCAGUGUGGGCAUUGCAAUAAAGAUGUUCUAAUCAGGGAAGCAGUGAGCUGCCAGCAUUGCAAAGGCUCUUUCCAUAAAAGACAUGCUCGGAAAUCUGCUGGAUCCAUCUCUACUGAGUGUAUAUAUACUUGCCAUAAAUGCCAGGAUGGAAAGUUUAUGAAAACUGAUGCUAGGGAGGGCAAAUCUGAGUCUCCAAAAUAUAAGCAUGCAUCAAAAGUAGUGAAGCCAUUAGGCUCAGGGAAAGGGAAAAAGAGGGGGAAACCAAAGCGACCAGUGAAUUCUAAAAACACAAAAAAAGUUACUUUGGUUGUUCCUUUGCGACGUUCUGCUAGGAAUGCUGAACGCAUUGCAAAGCUUUCUUUACAGAAAACUAAGGUGAAAAGACGCAAGAAGGGAAAACAAGGUAAAUCAGGAAAGGGCAAAUCUAGGAAGCUCAAAAGUGUUUUCUCGAGGAAGAAGCGAACGCCUGUUAAUAGCAGUUACUGGUUGAAUGGUGUACAAUUAUGCAGAAGGCCAAAUGAUGAAAGGUUGCUAUAUUUCAGGAGUAGAAUGCUUCUCGUACGUUCAGGAGAGGUGCCUUCCGGCUGUGAUAAACCAAAAUGCAGCCUUUGCAGCGAAGUGGAUUAUAAUUCUGAGCUGAAUUAUGUGGCUUGCCAAAUUUGUGGAGCUUGGCUGCAUGGAGAUGCUUUGGGUCUUACAGCUGAUAAAAUUGAAAAUCUUAUCGGCUUUAAGUGCCACAAGUGUCUUAAUAAGAGGCCUCCUGUCUGCCCUCAUCACUGUCAAACUGGAAGCAGCAAGGCUGAACUUGUUUCAGAAAAUAACACCAAGACUGAUUGCACUGGAGAAGAUUCUAAUUGUACCCACCCGGAUGACAGAUCAGCAGAUCAGAAGUCUCAUUCAACUGACGAAUCCAAGGAUAUGUUAUUAACUGUUGAUAGGGAAAAGCAGUCAUCAGGAUCCAUGCUUGAUUCAGAUCAGAAAGAUAAUGAUUUCACAUUGUCUGAGAAGAUUCUACUGGGAAAUGAUUCUGUUGAACUUGGUGACAAAAAAGAAGGGGUGUUGAAUGCUGUUGAAACUGAAUCUACUACUCAUGAUUCUGACAUGGUCAAGGAAGCUGAAUAUUUACCCUUAACGCAUAACCUUGUGAAGAAUGGUUUGACAAACAAUAAAGAAGUUCAGGAAUUUGGAAAGGAUAGAGCUCUUUCUGACGCAUCUGAGUUGUCUCCACAAACCGUUUCCAAUGUCAGGUGAUUUGCUGCAUGGUGGGAGAGGAAAACGUAGAUUAGAUUUAUGUUUAUACUUUUCCCUUUACAGGGCAUUGUGCUAAUACUACAGAUGUUAAAACCUUUUUAUGAAACUUGAUAUAUUAGCUGAAAAGCAAAAUUUCAUUGA